CACCAUCGAUAGCAGCUCGAUAGUGUAAUCGAUGUUUCUCCAGCUAACUCACGCUGCGCUUGGUAAAAUGUAAAGAAAAACUGCAUUUAAUUGCAUUUAACGCGACCAAAUCGACACAAAAAAGCAUUUAUAGUGCAAUCGCAUAGUAAAUAAAAAUCCACACCCAUGUUAACCGAAGCCCCCAUGGCCAGUGACAACAUAAUGGACGAACUAGCAUCUUUGAUACGCACCGAGAUCCCCGACGGCCGCCAGAGCCUGCGAGACAGCUACACCAAUCUCGAGCGGGUGGCCGACUACUGCGAGGACACCUACUACCGGGCGGACAACAAGAAGGGGGCUCUGGAGGCUACCAAGAACUACACCACCCAAUCGCUGGCCAGCGUCGCCUACCAGAUCAACACCCUGGCCUAUAGCUAUAUGCAGCUCCUCGAGCUGCAGGCACAGCAGCUCAGCGAGAUGGAGUCGCAGAUGAAUCACAUCGCCCAGACGGUGCAUAUUCACAAGGAGAAGGUGGCCAGGAGGGAAAUUGGCGUCUUGACCGCCAACAAAGUGAGUUCGCGGCAAUUCAAGAUUGUGGCUCCGAUCAAUCCGGAGAAGCCCAUCAAGUAUGUGCGCAAACCGAUCGACUACUCGAUUCUGGACGAGAUAGGGCAUGGCAUCAACUCUGCCCAGCACCAGGUGCGUCAGAAGCACCGCGGCUCCAGCCACGGGUCUGUGCAAUCCCUUAUACCGCCUUCGGUGGGUCCGCCGCCCACCACCAAGCCCCCGACACCGCCGCAAAUGUCGCGGGCGGGCAACACGGGCACCCUGGGAAAGUCGGUGAGCAAUACCGGGACGCUGGGCAAGAGCUCACGGGAGUAUCGCACUCCGCCGGUGGUCAAUCCGCCGCAGGUGCCCUCGCACUACGCUCCCAACUAUCCGAUCGGGCAUCCGAAGCGCAUGUCUACGGCCUCGUCCAGCACCACGAUGACCACCACCACCAUGGGCGGAGGAGCAGCGGGCAAUGAGCGUGCCGCGGGAUACAGUGCGCUGCCCAUGCCCCCAAGCCAGCAGAUAGCCACGCAUGUGAAUCUACCCUCGGCGGGCAUGAUGCAAUCGCUGCCACCGCCGCCACCUACCACCUACGACGACAGGAGCAGUAUGCCACCAGCUCCUCCUUCGCCGCUGACUGUGUCGCAGCACGAGAUGACCGAGCAGAGCCACAUCGGAAUGCAUACGCUGGGUCGCAAUAUCAACAGGAAUCCGAAUCGGAAUCAUUUCAGUUUGAAUUUCGCACGUCCGGGCUCGCAGUCGCCGCCUUUGCCGCCACCGCCGCCGCCAGAGGAUGAGCACCAGGACUUUGGCAGGCCACGCACCUCGACGGGCCCCCAACUGGCGCCCAUUGUGCCCGAGGAUCAAAAUUUGCCUGGCUGGGUGCCCAAGAACUUUAUAGAAAAGGUGGUGGCCAUCUAUGACUACUAUGCGGACAAGGAUGAUGAGCUCAGCUUCCAGGAGAGCUCGGUGCUGUAUGUGCUCAAGAAGAACGACGAUGGCUGGUGGGAGGGCGUCAUGGAUGGCGUGACCGGCCUCUUUCCGGGCAACUAUGUGGAGCCCUGCGUCUAAUUAGAGCUGCUUCGUAUUCUAAAAACAUGCCAACCAUUACAAUAAUCUGCAUUAUCUGGUCUGUUCCCGUCUUCAGGCGUUCCCAAAAGAAAACUGGAGACUUUACUAAACUCUUUUUGCGAUUUCUUUUGGAAGCUAAAGACCGGCACAGACUCGUUUGACAAUGACGAUAACGAUUUUGAGCAUAUUUUGAUAAGGACAAUUAUACAAUUACACCCACAUACACACACACAAACACUAGGCACAAGGCGAGAGCAAGUAUUCCAUUGUCAGACUCUUCAGAAAUCAGCCUAAGCUGCAUUUAGUCUAAUACCAAACACAGGAUAAAUUGUCCACAUUCCGAAUUUCCGAAUGGGAGAUCGAAGAGGGAUUCGGAGUACAUUUGGACCGCAUUUAGCAGUGCCCUGAGAGCGCGUUUGCUGCCAACUCAAACUAUUUACACUUUAGUAGCAGAAAAUAUUGCAAAAAGCAAGUUAAUAAUUAAUAACGAAAGACAUUCGAAUCCUAUAUCUAGACGAAUUCGUGUCCUGUCCACCCCCGGCCCGCAUCCGUGGAAAGCCAAUCCAAAUAUUUGCCCACAGUUUUGUCAAGCGAUUUUUCUUUGUUUGUUUGCCUUCCGCUUGGAUCAUUACCCUCUUGAAUCCCCCCAUCCAUCCAGCAAUAAUGCCGUAGGUUAUACAAAUUUCAGUUAGCAUUUAAUUCGUUAGAUAUUUCGUAUUCGUUUGCGUUUGCAAUUUCUUUUGCCUUUGUCUGCACUUUUACGAACCGCAACGUGAAUAUUGUUUGCAAUUAUAUAUUUAGUCGAAAUGGAAAUGGAAUUGCCCGAAAACGGAAUCAAAUCAAAUCUAUACACAAUAUGCAACACGCUCUACCAUGUACUCGUACUCGUAAUUCGUAUUCGUAUGAAUAAUAGCUAAUAAAAAUUUCAAUUACUAGAC